CAGAAAAUCACAGGGCGUCUUCAAAACUACUACUAGACAUAGUAAGGAAUUUAUCAGGACCACAAAAAAAUCAAUAUAAAAAUGAAUUCUUCUUCAUAUUGGCAACAAACAGCUCAAAACUGAAGUUCAUGGUAUUGUGAUUGCAGUUUACAAUAGCAUCCAAAAUAUAAGAAUUUAUAAAGUAUACACUCUACUGGGAAAAUCCCCAGUUCCAAGUCGAGUGACUCUGAAAUUUAUUCACUGCACAGCAUUUGUAAAAUUGGGGGUGUGGAACAGACUUCUUCUUUUUCUUUUCUUUUUUUUUUUUUUGAGACAGAGUCUCACUCUGUUACCUAGGCAGGAUGGAGUCCAAUGGCGUGAGCUUGGCUCACCACAAGCUCUGCCUCUCAGGUUCAAGUGAUUCUCCUGCCUCGGCCUCCCGAAUAGCUGGGAUUACAGGCAUGCACCACCAUGCACCACCAUGCCUAUCUAAUUUUGUAUUUUUAGUAGAAAUGGGGUUUCUCCACGUUUCUCAGGCUGGUCUUGAACUUCCGACCUCAGGUGAUUUGCCUGCCUUGGCCUCCCAAAGUGCUGGGAGGACAGGCAUGAGCCACCGCGUCUGGCCCAGAACAAACUUCUUAAGGGUCUAUCUAGCUCUGACAUUCCACAAGGCUAUGAAAUGGUCCAGGAAGAGUUAGGGCAGGAUAGCAAAUUCAGGUGCCUUUGCCUUUGGGAAGAUGGAGGCAAAGCACUUUGUCCAUCCAAUUACUUUGUAUUUAUUUAUUUAUUGUUUGUUUGCCCUGACUCCAGUCUUGACAAUUACUCUGCAUUUUAAAACACUGUUGGGGCUAACCCCACCAGCCUCUCCCCUGACCCGAGACAGAGUUAGCAGCUAAUGUAGCUACUUCCCACUUUCUGUCACCCCUGCAAACAGGGCAAACAGGGAUGCUGUAUCUGGAAGCUCUAGGGGCAGGAGCCAGUACUAUUUAUCCUUUUGUAAAACACCUAGCAAAACGAGAUGAUUUUAGGUCCACUCUCCUGAAACUUGGCUUGGCUGCAGUGACAAGUUUUGCACCUACAGGAAGAUCAGCAUUUCCUUCCGUUCUUCCUCUCCCAAUCCAUCCCUGACUGGUGUUUUGCCGUCUUUUGAGUAAGAAACUCCUUUAGAGUGUUUCUGGAUUAAUGCUGGAAAGAGACCAACUCUGAGCCCAUAGUAUGGAUCCCAUGUAACAGUACUCUUACCAGAAAAGGGGUUUCACCCCAGACCCCAAGGGCAGGUUCUUGGAUCUUGCACAGGAAAGAAUUUGGGGUGAGUCGCAGAGUACAGUAAAGUUAAAAUGGUUUAUUAGAAACUAAUCUAUUAGAGUAGGGUGUCCUUAGGAAGCAAGAGGAAGAACGCCCUACCUCAAAUGUAAUGCUUGCUUGUGUAGGAUAUUAGAACUAAGAAUAGUGUAUUUUAUUACAAAGGCUUGUGAUCGGCUUGUGACAGACUAUUUGUAUUGUUAUUCUCUUGUGCAAUUAAUUUCAGAAAGAAUUUAUGAGUGGACUAUUAUCUUUAGAGCAAAAUAUAGUUUAAAUUAAGAAUGCCUUUUUCCAGGCUGGGUGCCAUGGCUCACGCCUGUAAUCCCAGCACUCUGGGAGGCUGAGGUGGGUGGAUCACUUGAGGUCAGGAGUUUGAGACCAGCCUGGCCAAUAUGGCAAAACCCCGUCUCUACUAAAAAUAUAAAAAUUAGCCAGGUAAAGUGGCGCACAUCUGUAAUUCCAGCUACUUGGGAGGCUGAGGCAGGAGAAUCGCUUGAACCCGGGAGGCAGAGGUUGCAGUGAGCCGAGAUGGUGGCACUGCACUCCAGCCUGGGCAACAGAGUGAGACUCCAUCUCCAAAACAAAAAUAAAAACAAGAAUGCCUUUUUCCAUUAACUUGUUUCCUCAACAAUAAACAUCUUGUGAUCAAGAGUGCUGACUUCCUGGGAAUGCAACCCAGCAGGUCUUGCCUUCCCCAGCAGGUCUUGCCUUCCCCAGCCUUUAUUUAGGAUAGUGUCACUCUAGUUAGGACACCUCUGACAAUACAACUCAAAUCAUUGGUAGCUCAUGAAAAGAACUCACUCUUUGACUAAACUUGAGUCAGGGUCCUCUCACUCCUCUUUUUGACCAGGCCCUGACCCUGGGCUCGUCCUUAACUCACUUAGUUCAGUUUUAGCAAGAAUCCUGCUGAGUCAGUUCAGCAAAAAUCCCCUACCCUUGGUAUCUGAUCACCUUGGCCUGCGUUCAGCAAAAAUCUCCCUAACCUUUAUGUGUCCUCUUAGUAAUUUUCCAUCUGCUGACUUCCACCCUGUUGCUUAACUAUGAAUCUCCACCUGUCCUUGUAUUUGAUGUUAAGCCUGAUUUUUUUGCCCCUACUGCAUAAUCCCUAUUGCAGCUGUUCUUAAAUAAAUUCUCUCACCUAAACAAUUGUUUGAAUAAUUUUUGUUUUAGUCCCAUUUCCUACUGUAACAUGCUGUGUGAGUCUCAAUUUUCUGAUAAUGGAGAAACUAAUACUUCCAUCUCUGAGGCAUGGAGAUCAACUGAGAUUAAAAAUAACUUGGAUAUGGCUGGGCAGGGUGGCGCACACCUGCAAUCCCAGCACUUUGGGAGGCCAAGGCGGGCAGAUCACUUGAAGUCAGGAGUUUGAGACCACCCUGGCCAAUAUGGCGAAACCCUGUCUCUACUAAAAAUACAAAAAUUAGCCAGGUGUGGUGGUUCAUGCCUGUAGUCUUAGCUACUUGGGAGGCUGAGGCAGGAGACUCGCUUGAACUCAGGAGGUGGAGGUUGCAGUGAGCUGAGAUCACACCACUGCACUCCAGCCUGGGCAAGAGAGUGAGACUCUAUCUCAAAAAAAUAAAAAUAAAAAUAAAAAACUUGGAUAAAGUGUAAAGAUAAAAAUCACUAUUCUUGGGCAGGGGUCCCAGCUGUAGCCCAAGCUGGAGAACUAGAUUGGCUUGGCAUUAAUUUGCUUGGGGCAGGAGAAGGGUCAUCUGAAAGAGAUGGGAAAAGCUGAGGUUGCCCCUGGGAAGACUAGAGAAGCCUACCCCCGGGCCAGCCCCUUGAAUAUGUCCAACUCAGGAGGUGGAAAGAAGUUCAAGGUAGCCAGGGAGACAAAAGUUGUUCACUUUGGUGCACAUGUGGAACCAACAUGGGACAAACAGGCAUUUUGUGCUUGCCCAGGGAACAUGACUUCUUUGGCUCCCGCACAAUUUGUAGCUGCAGGAGUGGCAGAGCACGAGUGGAUGCAGGCCCAGACGUUCUCUGGGUUAGGUGUUAAGGACUUCUGGGAGUCAUCAGGCAGCAGGCAUUUGCCCCAGUGUCAGAGGUGUUUAAGCCAGAAUUACUCCAUCUUGAAUAAGGGCUGGGUAAAAUGAGGCUGAGCCCAACUGGGCUGCAUUCAUAGGAGGUUAGGCAUUCUAAGUCACAGGAUGAGACAGAAGGUUGGCACAAGAUACGGGUCAUACAGACCUUGCUGAUAAAACAGGUUGCAGUAAAGAAGCUGGCUAAACCCCACCAAAACCAAUAUGGCAAUGGGAGGGACCUCUGGUGGUCCUCACUGCUCAUUAUGCACUAAUUAUAAUGCAUUAGCAUGCUAAAAGACACUCCCACCAGCACCAUGACAGUUUACAGAUGCCAUGACACCAUCAUGAAAUGCCCUAUACGGUCUAAAAAGGGGAGGAACCCUCAGUUCCGGAAACUGCCCACCCCUUUCUCCGAACUCAUGAAUAAUUCAACCCUUGUUUAGCAUAUAAUCAAGAAAUAACCAUAAAAAUGGGCAACCAGUAGCCCUGGAGCUGCUCUGCCUAUGGAGUAGCCAUCCUUUUAUUUCUUGGCUUUCUUAAUAAACUUGUUUUCACUUUAUGGGCUUGCCCUGAAUUUUCUUGCAUGAGACCCUCUUAGGGCCUGGAUUGGGACACCUUUCUGAUAACACCAGGAGACACCCUGGGUGGGUUUCCUGAACUGAUAGAUGAGCCUUCCACGCGGGGAGACCUGGAUCCUUAUAGUCUUUGUGGCCCCUUCCAUCUGCACGUGCGGACGAGGCCCGGGUCGCACUCGGGCGGUCAGCCUGGCACGCACAGCGCCGGCGUGCAGGGGGCCUUGGGUGCCACCGAGUCCGGGAGGAAAUCUAGGCCGCCAUCUGUCCUAGACUGGCACUUGUGACCACCACCCAACACGUAUCGAAUAAGGGCUUGGAGGUCCUUUCUCUAAGGCCGCACCAAUAAACGAUUACCAACUGUUGACCUCACGGCCCCUUCGCUUCCGGCCGCACUGCCUCGCUGCCCACGCCUGCGCACUCAGGCACCGCAGGCAGGAGGAACGUACCAACUGCGGGGCGGGGAGUGCGCGCGAAGACCUCCGCAGGCUGCGCUCCCGGAAGUAACCCCUGGCGCAUCCCGGAAUCCAGAGCGCCCACUACCGCCUUUGGCCAGGCCGUCUGGGCGCGUUUCGGGAGCUCAGGCCUGCGGUGCUGCAUGUUGGCCAACACGUCGGGUGGUGGGCGCGCGGUUCAGGGGUCAGGGGCCGCUAGGCGGCGGGCGGCGGAGCUGCGGCUCUUACCUGCCGACGAGGCGCCGGCUCUGCGGUGCGGAAUUGCGCCGGACUUCCCAGCUUAGCCAGUGGCUCCGCAGGCUGCCGGCUCCACCCCUCAGAUUCAUUUGGAUUCAAGGUUGGCUGUCAACAGCGCCAGCUGCACUGUCAUCCUAAAGUACUUCUGUGGAAGAGAACAUGGUGGUGUUACUGUUGUACCAGUGAUGACACAAGAUCCCAGAUGUACCUGACAGGGCUGCGAGGAUUGAAGAUUGUGAAGCAAUAGCCUAAGGGACCGGCUGGCUUCGAGCAGGGCAUCGGAACCAGGCCUCCUGGCACUGGCCUGGAGCCUGCUUCGGGGCAAGCAGCGGCUGACCCCCAGUGGAACCCUGUGACAGUCCUGCCAGGGCCCAGGCCAUCCCAACCGACUUCCAUCACAUGGAGCCUCCACGGGAGGAGCCGGGAGAGGCUGGCGGGCUGCAGAUCACACCCCAGCUGCUGAAGUCACGCACAGGCGAGUUCUCCCUGGAGUCCAUCCUGCUGCUGAAGCUGCGUGGCUUGGGACUGGCUGACCUGGGCUGCCUGGGAGAGUGCCUGGGCCUGGAGUGGCUGGACCUAUCAGGCAACGCGCUCACCCACCUGGGCCCGCUGGCCUCCUUGCGCCAGCUAGCCGUGCUCAAUGUCUCCAACAAUCGGCUGACGGGCCUGGAGCCACUGGCCACCUGUGAGAACUUGCAGAGUCUCAAUGCCGCAGGCAACCUACUGGCCAUCCCGGGCCAGCUGCAGUGUCUGGCCGGGCUACCGUGCCUGGAGUACCUGCGGCUUCGAGACCCUUUGGCCCGGCUCAGCAACCCGCUCUGUGCCAGCCCCUCCUACUGGGCUGCAGUCCGGGAGCUGCUGCCUGGCCUGAAAGUCAUCGACGGUGAGCGUGUGAUUGGGCGCGGUAGUGAGUUCUACCAGCUGUGCCGAGACCUGGACAGCUCCUUGCAUCCCAGCUCCAGUCCAGGCCCCAGAGCCACCGAGGCCCAGCCCUGGGUAGAGCCAGGCUACUGGGAGUCCUGGCCCAGCCAGAGCAGCUCCAUUCUGGAGGAGGCCUGCCGGCAGUUCCAGGACACACUGCAGGAGUGCUGGGACCUGGACCGCCAAGCCAGCGACAGCCUGGCCCAGGCGGAGCAGGCACUCAGCUCUAAGGGCCCCACCUCUUCGUUCGUCUUCUGAACAUGGCCUGUGGCCCAGGACAGCCUGGCAGGUGGCCUCGCUGCCCCCAGUUCCCUUCUCUGCUCCCACACUCGUCUUGGUUGCUUCACACUGGUUACUGGCCCUGCACACUGGGCUAUUGCUUUUUCCCUAUCCUGAGAGCAGCCCCUCCCCAUGCUGCAAGGACGGACUGAAGGGCCUUGAGUAGGUGUAAGGGCUUCCACCAUCCGUGAACCUGUGUCCGCAGCUGCUACCACUCCGGGCUGCUCCAGCCUGCGACUUAGUGGAAGGAAUUACUUCCUCCUGAGGCUACAGGCGAGAAAGGUAGGGAUGGGCCAGCCUCCCGUCCCAGCUGUUGGGAGAGAGUAGGCAGGCUGAGUGGCCCAGAGCACUCCUGGAAGUGGGACUCCCCUGCCUUGCAAAUGUGCCUCUCCAGACUGCUCCUGCACUUACCCCCUCCCCCCAGCACCUUCUCUGCCCGUUCUUGUCCACACAUCUAUUAAAUGCUUCUGUUUUCAUUUGCA